UGUCUCGGGGCAGCUCAUCUCUGCCUGCGCCUGUGGGUGUGGUUUCUGACAGAUGGCCAGGAGCCGCUUUGUCCCAGUCACCAGGAACUAGUCAUUUCUUCCCUGGCUCCGAGCUGAAGGGUUCUUCUUGGCCGACUGUCUUACCAGCUUCUCGACAUGGCUCUCAAGGAGAGACUCAGGACCUGGAAGAGAGUCUUCUGCUGGCUGAUCCUGCUUGCGUUUGGCCUCUUAGGGCUGCUCCAGUAUGGGCUCCCUCUAGUCAGGCAUCUGGAAGCCCUCAUCCCCAUGGGUGUCUGCCCUUCUGCCAGAAUGGCCCUGCUGAGAGACAACUUCACGGGUCUCCUGAAUCCCUGGGCCCGGCCUGAUGUCCUGACCUGUACCUCCUGGGGGGCCCCCAUUAUUUGGGAUGGCAUCUUCGACCCAGCUGUGGCCCAGCAAGAGGCUCUAGAGCAGAACCUCACCAUUGGUCUGACUGUCUUUGCUGUAGGCAGGUACCUGGAGAAGUACCUGGCGCGCUUCCUGGAGACGGCCGAGCGGCACUUCAUGGUGGGCCAGCGCGUGCUGUACUACGUGUUCACCGAGCGCCCGGCCGCAGUGCCCCGCGUGGCGCUGGCCCCGGGCCGCCGGUUGCGCGUGGAGCGCGUGGCCCGCGAGCGGCGCUGGCAGGACGUGUCCAUGCAGCGCAUGCGCACGCUGCACGAGGCGCUGGGCGGGCGGCUGGGCCGCGAGGCGCACUUCGUGCUUUGCAUGGACGUGGACCAGCACUUCCGCGGCGCCUUCGGGCCCGAGGUGCUGGCCGAGUCGGUGGCGCAGCUGCAUGCCUGGCACUACCACUGGCCGCGGCGGCUGCUGCCCUACGAGCGCGACGCGCGCUCCGCCGCCGCGCUGGCGCCGGGCGAGGGCGACUUCUACUACCACGCGGCCGUGUUUGGGGGCAGCGUGGCGGCGCUGCGCGGGCUGACGGCGCACUGCGCGCGGGGCCUGCGGCAGGACCGCGAGCGCGGCCUGGAGGCGCGCUGGCACGACGAGAGCCACCUCAACAAGUUCUUCUGGCUGCACAAGCCCGCCAAGGUGCUGUCGCCCGAGUUCUGCUGGAGCCCCGAGAUCGGCCGGCGCGCCGAGAUCCGCCGGCCGCGCCUGCUCUGGGCGCCCAAGGAGUACGCCCUGCUGCGCGACUAGGCCCCGCUGCCGGGCCCAGGGAGGACACCCCCCCCCAAAAGCCGUGCGGGCGCCCCGGAGGGCGGCGAGCACUCGGACGCAAACGGCCCUGCCCGUUCCGGCCGUGGGGCCGUGGCGGUGGGAGAAGCAUCGUGGCCUUUGGGGAGCUUCUCGCUGGAAGGGAAAGAUCCCUUUUCCCCCACUUUCAACAGCGACCGACGACGACGAAGCGCGAUGGGCAGUAGCGCCUCGGCCAGGCUGCCUCUAGACUUUUCACUUCUGACCUUACUAGAUUCAUGCCUCCUGAAGAGCUGUUUAGCUACCGUCACCCACCGCCAACUCCCAACCCCCUUUUUGAUAAGGUGACCGAGACACAAAAAGGGAACAUAACUGCCUAAGGACACAGAGAAUCUGUGCGUCAGUCCGGGCAGCAACUGCAGAACCAGGGCUGGCUCUCACUCCGAAAAGAGAGUGGUUCUGGGCAAACGGGAGAAAGCUGCUGCUGCGAGAGAGACGUGGUGGCAUCUGAGUCCUUGGCUUUGCCCUUCCAUCU